ACAAUAUGGCGGACAAGGAAGAAGCGUUUUUUUGAAGAAUUGACGGAAAUUUGUGAAGUUUAUAGCCUGUCUACAAAAAUGAAGUAUGUUUUACCUUUCGACUUUUAUUAAUAGUUAUAUACGCGUUGUUUAAUAUAGUUAGCGAGUGUUUUCUGUGAAGUAAUCGCAUCUUUUACGUACAGUAUUAAUAUUAAAUAUUAAAAUGAAUAUUCCACACUGCAGAAUUGGUCAGUCGGAUCGCCUUGCUUGAAGUUGCUUCCACACACACACACACACACACACUUUUUUAGGGAAGCGUUUCAUUACCUAUAGGAAGCGCUUGAUAUUUGCAAGUUUAAGAAUGCCCUGGAUCUCAAAAUUUUAUAAUUUUGAACUCCUCUUUUGGUAGUUUUAUACGCUGCCUCUUGAUGCGUAUUUGGGUACUGUUUUGCACCCUAGCACCCAGAUUUGCAGCUCUUGUGCCCCUGAUAUCUUGUGCCCCUGAUAUCUUGUUGUUUGUACCUCUUUUUCUUAAGCCUGGCACACAAUGCCAAGGGCAGAUCUAGCCUCAUCUGCAAGGAGGGGUGCAGGUUUUCCACAGGUAGUGCAUGAGGGGCCCUUACUGCCCACUGUCUUUCAAGGUCUGCAACGCUACUAUCCCAACAUUACCAUUAUUUGAGAUGGCUGAAUCUGCAUGUUCACCGUUCUGUUAGUUUUACAUUUUGUUUAUAAGUUUCUAAAUGACUUUUUAUCACAUAUAUAUGACUGCAUGGAUAGUUACUAUAGCACAAUACAGUAUAUUUGAAAAUAUGGCUGUAUGACAACCUCGAUAUGUUUACAUAUUAAACUAUGAUAUUUAGCUAAUUAAAGCUUUCUGAGUAUUUUUUUGUCACCUCACCAGUGGCGGAAAUUCACUUUUUCCGUUGGGGGGGGGGGCGAAGCCUUCUAAAUUUCCGACAAAACUUUCAAAUAUCCGUCAACCCCUCCCCCCCCCACCACCCCCCCCCAUUUGCACUCGAAAAGGCUGUUUUUAGCCCUUUUAUAGGUCAAAAUUUCCGAAAAUUCGUCAUCAGUUUUCCAUGAAGGUGGGAGGCCGGCCGAGAUUUCCGCCACUGCAGCCGACACAAAGCAAUUAUAAUAAAUAGUUUCAAGAAAUUGAUGCAGGCUAACACUAGCAGGUCCGCUAAUUGCUAUUUGAGAAGCAGAAACUAUAUGAAAGCAGAUGAACUUCUCUGGGGGGAGGGGGGGGGGUGUGCUAGACACCAACUAUUGGGGAUAGCCGCCGAAUAUGCCCUAAACAUUUUAUUUUGCAAGCCGUGACUCACUUAUUUGUUCUGUUUUUAUAGGUUAAAUAUUGAUGGCUUGUUGGUAUAUUUUCCUUAUGAUUACAUCUAUCCUGAACAGUACUCAUACAUGUUUGAACUGAAGCGAUCUUUAGAUGCCAAGGUUAGCUGAAAGAUCACAUUAAUUUAUUAUACUGUAAUAUCACAUAUUAUUAUAUACACAAGAUCUGGAUAUGAGGUAUUCUGCAAUCUGAUUGGUUCUCUACUACCGGGAUAUUAGCUCAUAUCCUGCUAGUAUAGAAAAACAAAAUGGCGGCUAAAACUGAAUUUCCGAUGUUUUGCGAACGAGAAAACGACAAGUUGUUCGCUUUUUAUAGCCCUUUCAGGAUUAAAAACACAAUGAAAAAACUCCCACAAAUUGUUUACAGGUUAGCAAAUGAAUUUUUAAAUUUUUAUAAUGGUUAAAAAAUAUAUUUUUGAAAAAAUAAUCGGCCGAAAGGGCGAAGAUACAAACAUAAACAAAACAGAAAAAUAUUGAAAAUACCCGAAAAACAAAGUCUGUGAAUUCAGACCUUGUGUAUAUAAUAAAACAGUUAUUCCACUCACUCUCGUCGAAUAUGAGCGAUAGCCGAUUCGGCGCUACGCGCCUCAUCGGCUAUCAGCUCAUAUUCGACUCGAGUUCGUAGAAUAACUGUUAAUUGUUGUAAGGUACAUAUGUACAUUGUAGUUGUAGUAACCUAUUGGGCAUGAGCGCUCUGCACUUGAUGAGUAAAAUCAUCUGGCAUAUUAGACUGAGUAAAGGAGGAUUCAGUAUUUCACUCUGUCUAACUAAUGCCAGGAAAUUUUUGUCUUACUCUCUAUGACAAUGUGCAUGCACCUUCAUAUGCACAUGCAUAAGUUGGUUUUGUAAAAUGCAGAGUUGUAGAAUCGAAUCAUGUGACUUAGACGAGUCGGACUCAAGUCACAAUUUUCAUGACUUGAGACUUGACUUAAGGCGGAUUUCUAGUCCUCGCACGAAGCUCUGUGAGUGCUUGCAUCUAAUUAAAAUUAACUGUUUAGCAUUGUGAUAUGGAUGAAAGUGCUGAUGCAUCACUCGCAGUGAGCUGCGAGGAGCUUCGUGCGAGGACUGGAAAUCUGCCUUUAGACUCAAACAAAAUGACUUAUGACUUCACUUGCUGGAAAUGACUUUUUAGCAAUACAAGUCAAAUGUAAGUCUUAAAUAUCUACCAUUAAAAAUGAACUUCUCCACAAGUUGCACUGGAAAUUCAUCGAUGUUGUACGGUGACUAGUGCAGCCAUAUUAGGGUCUUUUUUAAAAAUUCAUUAGUGGGAGAUGACAGAUGAUUGUUUGUGACAAAAAGUUUGGUCUGAUGUUGUAUGUAAUAGUAGGGGCCUGGGGGCAUUGCAUGUCCGCCAGAAAAUUUUUGGAUUUUAAUAUUUGAAGAUAAAAGACAUGCAAAUUUCAAUUACUAGAAUAUCAAACUUCCCUACUACUAAGUUCCAUUCUUUGUUUAAUGUCAGUGGUUUCAAAAUAAGCCGUCGCCCGUCGCAUCCGACUGCAACUCUUCCAUUUGCGACUGCUACUUUCACUUUUGUAAGUAACUAUAAAUUCUAAUUAAGUGUUUACAAAAUGUUUUGUGAGCCAACAAGCGUGUAUUUCCCCUCGAAUUUCGUCUAAACGUAGCCACAGUCACAGAUUACCGGAUUAGAAGCUUUGAUACGUACGCCGCCGCUACGCGUCUCUUGCGUGUUGAGGACAGGCUCAGAGGUUUUCUUGGUAGCGGUUUCUAACAGGUUGUACUUUAUGUAUAAGAUGUCACAUUCGUCUCCAAGAGCAAAACAAAAUGGCUUAAAAACAACAACGAAAGCAAGCGGAGAUGUGGUCGCUAUUGUUAUUGGACGUUGUUGUUAUAGGCAUUAAUUAUAAGAACAUAAAUUUAACAGUGUUUUAGACAUUUAAAAUAUGAUUUUUUGAGUCUCAAAAACAAAUGCUGAAAAAUGCAUCUUCUAGAGUCUAGAAGUUCAAAAUUUUCUGGAAGCAAAUUCAAGCAAUAUCAGGGACUGCGGAACAGGGGGGGGGGGCUUUAGCCCCUCAAUAAUUUUCCAUACAUAUGUGAUUUUUAUAAACUAAGAAUACUGAACUGUUUCAGAUCAGUUAACAAUAUAUUUAUAACUUAUAUAUAUAAGCCAAGUAUUCAAUCUAUUUCUGCGGGCUGGAUUAAACAAAUGACGGGUAAUAUUAGAUUAAGAGUCGUUUAUUAAGAAACUUUUUAACAGCAACUUGUGAAUUUGAUUGCAUUUCCGAGGCUUUGCAAGGUCCCAGAUUUCAAAAUUUCCCGGGGGAGCAUGCCCCAGGACCCCCAUAAUUCAAAAAUGGCUCCAUGGUCCCUGAGCAUGCCGUCAGAUCCCCCAAGUUGCAAAGUUCGGCCUUCGGUUGCAACUCCUACUCUUCACAACGCAACGUCUACUAUGAAAUGUUUUGAAACCACUGAAUGUUUAGCUAAAUAUAUGGUGGGGUUACAUGUAAUAGACCCUUCCACCAGAAAGUAUGUCACUUUGGCUAUCACCAAUUAACAUACACACUGUACAUACAAUUUGUUAGUUAUCCUAGAGGGUUUUUGAAAACUAAUUUACAAUUUUGAAAAAUAAUAAACCAUGAAAUUGCAUUAUUUAUUUAAUUUCAAUUAUAUUACAAUUAAAACAGAUUGUAUAUAUUAAACUUUACUGUGCAUAAAAUUAGUUUGUGUUUAAAAAUUCUUCUAAUAAUUGUUUUUUUCAAACAGCGUUACUUUACAGGUAAACUACGUGAAGCGUUCCUCUUUUGAGUUUCUAAAUUGAUUACAAUUUUCCUCAUUACUUUUGCAAUUUAAAAAACUCCCUUGCAAAUCCCUUGAGGAAAUUUGCAAUGUUGCUAAAAGGCAAUUAAAUUUUCCUCAGUUCCUGUUAGAAGUUCUUAACUUCCUGUUACAAGUUCCUAACUUCCUGUUCUGUUCUGGGUGUUGCAAUUGGCUAACAAAAAUAAUCCACCAAUGACAACGCUCAGAACUGAACAGGAAGUUAGGAAAAUUGAAAAUGAAGUUUGUUUGCAUUGGAAUAUUGCAACAGCCGAUAGGAAUAUUGCAAAUUCCCUCAAGGGAUUUGCAAAGAGUUUUUCAAAUUUGCAAAGCUAAUGAGGAAAAUUCCAAAUCAGUUACGAAGUCAAAAGAGGAACGCUUCACGUAGUUUACCUGUAAAAUCCCUGCUGCAUGUACAAUGUUUGAGUUUGGGACAAAGGGAGUUCUACAUGUUUGAUAUGCCCUAUAUUACAAAUGACUUUUGACCAGUCGUAAUUUUGAAUUUAGGGAUUGAAACACUUUGAUUUAACUAAUGUCCAUAUGCACGAAAACGCGACUCUAUAGCCAAAAUGACAUACUUUCUGGAAGGGUUUAUUGUCAAAGUAGGCAUAUAUAGAGUACUGUAGUCAUUCAAGUGUGCAAAGUUAUCGGAGAAAAAUUCUCAAGUGUGCACUUGCCCUACUGUGCCAGUUUGGUGCAAAAUGAGAAUUUCAUUUGAUCAUUUUAGGGUCACUGUCUGCUGGAAAUGCCGUCAGGAACAGGGAAGACAAUAUCUCUUUUGUCUUUAAUUGUUGCUUAUCUUAUGGUAUGUGUGGUGGCCAUUUAGCAGGAAGAUACAGAUUAUGCGUCCCUUUGAUUUUCUAAAUUGCGUAAUAUCCAUAAUAAUAGACAUACUGUAUAUGUCGUCAUGUGGAAAAGAAAGCUGUGUAAUGGUAGGAAUACAACUACCUGAAGAACACAAGGGCCUUUGCUCGUAAAGUUCUCCUGAGCUUAAUUGUAUUUUUUAGCAUUGUAAAUAUUUCCAAUAUAGUGUCCUGGCAUCUAAAUCAGUUUCCGAUAUUUUUCCGUAUAUCUACGACAAUUGGAUUCGGCCCAUGAAAAGUUCGCCGUCUAAGCCGCGCCUAAUACGGAUUGUUUUCCAAUACAUACAGUUUCUUAUACAUGUGAGUCACGUUUUAGGGGGAGUCACUAUUUUAGACUUUUAGGGUUAGGACAGCCUAGACCUAUAGGCCUUUUAUACUCGGCUGGUAAUUAUCGCAAUGGUCAUUCGCCUCGUAAAGGCCUAGUAGAUUUCACAAGUUUUCAAAUUAGCCCCAUAACUUUGUGAUCCGAAAUUGUUCAGAAACCAAUAACUAAACCAAUUUAUACUGUCCAGUAGUUAUUAAAUUAACUAUAAAAACAUUUUAUGACUAAACUAAGUUCUAUUUUGUAGUAAUAUUUUGACUCAUUUUGACCUAAUUCGCAACAUAAUAAUAGUGUUGCUUCAAACUUUAUGAUAAAGCCCCGAUUUUCUAGGCGUGUAUACAAAUAAAAGUAGUAAGUUUAUACUAUAAAUGAGUUUAUUUUACCUGUAUCGGUUUAAAUUCGCUGUUAAGUUGCAAAUAAUUCUGUUUGAGAACGCAAUAAUUGGGCAUUUCGCAACCAGGGCAGUUUCAGGGCAGUUUUGGCCUUGUUGUUGGGAAAUCCACUAGGCCUUCUAUUUUUUCGCUUGCGCAUCCUCCGCCCCGCCCCCAAAUCACCUGGUUCCAGUCUUUUCAUAUGAAAAAGCGCUGAAUAUUAAAAAAAAAUAAUAAAAAUAGAAGGUCUGGGUUGGGGUUAGGAAUAGUGUUUGGAUUAGGGAAAGGGUUAGGAUUAAGAUUAUUAAGAUUAAGGUUAUGAUUAGAGUAAGGGUUAGGAUUAGGAUUAGGGUUAAGUUUAAAAUACAAAAGACUACAAAAUUGCAAAAGUCUAAAAAUAAUAACUCCCCCAAAAAAUAACAGGUAUAUUCUUAUAUGCCCAAAAUUUCUCAUACACUGUGUUGGUAUACAUGUAACAGUUGUAGGGACGUUCAAAUUUGACUACUGCUACGACCAAGGAACUAUUAACCAUUAGAUGUGUUUGGUAUAUCCGAUUAACCAAUCAGAUGCGUACUAUAAGCCAGUGAGACGUGGCAUUUGUGAGACGUGGUAGUGAUAGUGGAAGUCAAAUCUGGACCCCACUGUAUUGUUUAAUUGAGUGCAAUUUGAAAAAAAAGCAUGCACAAGUGAGUUUUUCAAGGUUGAUCAAAAUUGCAAAUCUCACGAGUUUUUCGCUCACUUACAUACAUUAUCUGCUAUAUUUUUUAUAGAACAAGCCGUUGGAGCUGACGAAAUUAAUAUAUUGUUCACGAACAGUCCC